AUGACAAUGCUCAUCGAUGAUGCCGGCGAAAUGUCUGUUCGAGGACGCCGACUUGCGCGUGAGAUCGCCCUGCUCUGGCGCACCACACUGGCGGCUCCAGCAUCAGGUAGUGGUGAGUCAUGUGGUCCAAGCUCUUCAUCCGCAGUCGUCAAUGGCAUCGCUCUUUCUGACUACGCCCAGGUCAGAGCCAAUCAGUCAGCAGACGCGCCUCUUUGGAUGCUCUUUAACUCAGAAUUGACUAGCUUUGGGGCUGUCGGGAUUUCAUGUGGUGGCGGCGUCGGAAGCUUGGUACCGGGUAUGUUGGGUGUAUCAGGUACCGCCGGUACUGCACCUGGCAACGGACUUGGCAUUGGAGCUAAUCUAAUAGGUUCUGUUGGCGCAGCUGGCUGUUUGGGACAGACUACAGCAGAAUCCGCUGCAGUUGCCCGGCGUCGCGCCGAAAAGGCGGCCGCCGAACAACGUAAGGCCGACCUUGAACUGCUUGAAGCGCGGAGACAACAACGCAAGCUCAACUUCCUCAUAACUCAGACUGAAUUGUAUGCCCAUUUCAUGGCCAAGAAGAUGAUGUCCUCCAGUUCAGGUUCUGGUUGCGCCUCAUCUACUGUCUUCGACCCGAAUAGCAUAAACGAAGCCUCUACUCUCGAUAUUGCCGGUUCUGUUGAUAAUGUGGACAGAUCACCAUCUGAAUCAACUGAAAAUGGACUCGCUUCUUCGGAAAGGCAGAUAGCAGCAUUAACAAAAGAGCGAGGGGAGGUAGAUGAUUUUGUAGAUGACGGGAUGCAGACUGAAAUGAUAGAACGUAUACAGGCUGAAAAAAUGCAAAAUGAAGAGGAACAUACAGCUUAUAUUAAGGCAAAUGACUUAGCGGACGGGGCAAGUGAAGAACAACGCGAGGAUGACGAAGAGGAGACAAGGCGCAUUCUAAGCCGUCUGGAAGAGGACGUCGUCUGCAGGCAUAAUGAACUAGAGUCGAUGGGUAAUGCGGCAAUAUCUGAGAGCAAUACGCUCGAAAGGAGAAGUGCGUCGUCCAGAUCAUCUGUGCUUGCAGCUGCAGCCAAGGCGGCUGCCAGUCGCUUAGGCGUCAAUGAGUUUGACGAUUAUGAUGCACAACAGAUAAAAGAGUUAGCUCUUGCCAAGGUCAAACGUGCUGUUCGUGAUGAACAAGCCAGGACAUCAAUGUUCUCUUCCAUACCAAACAAGACACUUUUUGCCCCUCACUCAAUCUCCAAAUCUGCGUUGAGUAACUCUACUGCCCGUGGGGCACUUCCUGCCAUCAAAGACACCGCAUCUUUAGGUGAAACAGCGAAGUUAUUACUGCCUAAGCAAGAUGGAGAUGAUGUUACGACCAGCACUAUGGAACGACUUUUAGUGGAUGAUGGUGAAGCGGAUGGUGCCAUGGCAAGAACUCCUAGUUUGUUUUGCGGCGAGCUUAAGGCCUACCAGCUGCGCGGACUGGCCUGGCUUUUGGGUCUGUUCGACCAAGGUAUUAAUGGAAUCCUGGCCGACGAAAUGGGCCUAGGAAAAACCAUUCAGACCAUCGCCUUCUUGGCCAGCCUAGCAGAG